UUUUAGGCAAAACAAUGAAAUCAAAUUCCCUGGACUCUGACCCAAAGAAUAUAUUCAGCUUUGUUUGAAUAUAUUUCAUUUUGCUUCCUUACCAAUUCUCAACACAACUCCAGAAUAACUGUUAUUAACUCUUAUUGAAUCUUAUUUUGUACUAAGCCUUGUUAAAUGUUUUACCUAUGAAUUGUGAUUUCAUUGUUACAGCAGACUUAUGAUAUAGAUGCUGUAUUACAGAUGAAGAAAUGAGGUUCAGAACCUGUGCUACACUGCCUCGUAGGCACAAUCCAUCUGAUAAAAGUAGUCCCUUGAAUCUCUCUUUCUGAAUUCCAGUCCCAGGACAGUGGAAAUACACAGUAUUGUGGUCAAAGAUAAACCAUUCUUGGCUCCAGCUGAGCUAAUGGUUUUAGAUAAGAAUAAAGAAUAUUUAUUAGAAAUAAAAAAUUUUGUAAGUAUAAAAUUAGACUAGGAAAAAGCUCCCGGUUGAAUUUUAUAUUUAUAAAAUUCUUCCUUUACUGAAGUUGAAAUCUUCUCCUUGAAAUUUCUGCUUGGUAUGGCCUCUCUGUUUGCCUCACAAGUGAAAUUUAAUCCUAAUGUUAUCUUACUUUCCAAGCAUAACCACACCAGUGGGCUGCUUUGUCAUGAGUUUAGUAUGGUGUCAGUAGAAACGAGACCAGCAGUCAUUAGGGUUACCUAAUUCAAAUCUUGACUCAUUUUGGGUACUUCCUACAAGAUUAGAAUAAUUAUCUUCCAAACCAAAAACAUACCCAAGGUUCCAUGGGAAAGGGUGUAGCUUCAACUCUUUAGGUGGCAAGAAAAUCAUUCUCUAACCUCUCAAAGGUCAGGAAUAGGGUCGAUGGUCCUUAAAGUUUGGUCUGGGGACCACUGGUUGCUGAACCUUUUGCAGGAGGUCUGAAAGGUCAGACCUGUUUUCACAAUACAUGUUAAGAAGUUACUGGCUUUUUUCUUGUCAUUCUUUUCCAAGUAUAUUUGACUAUACAACUUGCAAUGAUGUUCCUCUGAUAGUUAAUGCAAUUAUACUUAAUGUUUUAAAAGUUUGUCAGUUUUGAUUUCUAAUACAGUAAGUCUUCAACAGAUAGAACUCACAUAACAAAACACUUUUGGGAGUCCUUCAUAAUUUUUAAGAGUGUAAAGGAGGUUCUAAGACCAAAAGGUCUGGAAACUGCUCUUCUAGGUUUCAGAAUUAUGAGGCAUACAAAGACUCUUCAUCUGGAAGGGUUUAGAGGCAGUCUUAUCUAAUCCCCUUAUUUUACAGGUUUAGAAACUGAUUCUAGACAUUUAAGUUCUCAGACUAAUGUCACAGAAGCUAAUGCAUUACAGAGGUUAAUUGGAAGCCUGGUCUUAACACUCCCAGGUUAUCUUAAUGAGUUCAUGAGGAUGGCAUAUGGAUAAUGCACUUCAAAGGGUAUUGUAAAUAUUAACUAAGUUAAUACAGGUCAAAUGCGUACAUUAGCACUCAAUGCACAGCCAUUGAUCAAUAAAUGCUAGUGGUUCUGAUCAGAGAGAAUCUAACCUCUGCUUAAAUACCUUUAGUGAUCAGCAGCUUCCACUCCCUGAGUAACACGUUGCAUUUCUUGAUCAAUUACAUCUUUACAGAAUUCUUCCUUUACUGAAGUUGAAAUCUUCUUGAAAUUUCUACUUGGUAUGGCCUCUCUGUUUGCUACACAAAUGAAAUUUAAUCCUAAUUUUAUCUAGCUUAUUUUCCAAGUGUAACCACACCAAUUUCAUUAAAUGAUUCCCCAUGUGGCAUGACUUUAAACUCUGUCACCAUCCUAUUUGUUUUUCUCAAAGACCUCCAGUUGACUGUGCCUGUGAAAUUGUCCGUCUAUUAAUGUAAAUGUUUUUGUAAUUUUACAGAGCUCCCCACUGUAUUGUGUACAGUGUUAAAAUCGUUUUCUGAGAUUUCUUGACUCUGUUUUCCCAAGUUUCUUGUGGCCCUUCUCUUUCCUUUGUCUCUAUUCUGUGCGGUUUUUAUUUCACUCCCACAGUUUCUCAUUACUGUGAGGCCCUGUUAUGGAAUGAGAACCCUGGUUUUGAAAGUUCACAGAGGCUAGACUUCUCUUGUCCGUGUAGUCCUGGCUGAGGGCCCACUACACUUGUCUGUUAUCUGAGUGGGCAAAUGACCUACCAGUUUUCAUCUGCUGAGUGGCCGGUUAUUUGUGGAGGAUCCCCCUGUUGCAGGUCUGAUCUCUGUUGCUUCCUUUGGGAGGCCGAGGCGGGCAGAUCACCAGGUCAGGAGUUCGAGACCAGCCUGGCCAAUAUGGUGACACUCUCGUCUCUACUAAAAAUGAAAAAACUAGCAGGGCGUGGUGGCGUGCGCCUGUAGUCCCAGCUACUCUGGAGGCUGAGGCAGAAGAAUCGCUUGAACCCGGGAGGCGGAGGCUACAGUGAGCCGAGAUUGUGCCACUGCACUCCAGCCUGGGCAACAGAGCGAGACUGUUUUAAAAAAAAAAAAAAAAAAAAGUUCGUAGCCAUUAUCUCUGGAAAUAUUUACUCUUCCUCAUUCUUCUGCUUAUAUCUUUCUGGAACUCCAACUAGAUAUAUACUAGACCUUUGAUUCUAUUUUUCCACACCUCUUAACCUGUCUUGCUUAUUUAGUCAUACAUCUCUCAAGCUGCAUUCUUCCUUGGAGCUUUAUCUGUAGGAAUUCUUGAGCCUUGAGUUGAGUUUAUAUUGCUUCAGAGAAAACUAAGGUUUGCUUCAGCUAGUUGCCCAGGGACAUUACCACCUGGUUACCACUUUUAAUUAAGGUCACUGCUUGAGGUUUUCAGAGCGACACAGAGCCCUGUGUGAGGGCCUGCUUAUGGUUAUAAAUUCUUGGGGUGUAGGCAGGGGUGGGGAUCCUGCUUCUUUACCUGGAGCUAAAACUGAGACAGAAAAAUCCCUGACUGUCCAUUUUUGUGUGGUGGGUUUAUUUUCUGUUCACCCUGAACAAUGAUAGGUAUUCACCUUGUACAGCUCCCAGCUUUAUGUGGGUGUUUCCUAUUAGAGAACUAUCAUAUGUGGCCUUUGGCUUAUUUUGUUGCCUUCAGCACCUGUGCCAGUACAUAAGUUAGAAACCCCAGGUUUCCAAGUUUCGAAAAACUCUCAGGGCAAAAGUUCGUUUUCGCCUAUGCUUAGCUUCCAGGGUCCUUUGUACUUGGCCAUAUGGAUUUCUUUUUUUUUUUUUUCUUCAUGUCAACAUGGUGGUUAUAUUUAUCUAUCUGACCUACUCUUUUAAUUUUUGUUUUAUCUGGUAUUUUAAUUGUUUCAUCUGAGAAAGUUUUUCAUAGGAUCUGUUUUGUAGUUGGCCAUUCUACUAGGAGUUUAGGAGUUAUACUUAACUCCUUCCAGGGAAACCUUGGAAGAUUUUUACUAAGAAUACAAUAUUUAAAGUGGGUAUUGAAGUACUAUCAGGGUGAACCUGGGGUGGAGUAGGAAAACAAAACAAAACAUUACAAACGGGAAUAAUUAAGAGUUAGGAUAUGUGAGAUGUUUGGUUUUGCUGGGCUUAAAAUAGAAUUAUGGGGUAUGGAAUUGCUGCAAAUGAGGCAGGUUGUCUCAGAGAUGAGGCUCAAGAGAGGCCACAUGCAACUUUUGAGAGUCUUUGUGUGUCACAGUAAGGAAGAUGAACUUGUGAAAUCACCAAAGGGUGGAAUAUAUAAGGAGGAAGCUGACACUGUCAUAUCUAUGCCUUAGGAUGUUUAUUUUGGCAGCAGUGAAAACAAAGCAGGUAGACAAGAGUGGAGCAUUGCUCUUCAAAAUUUAGUCAUUGACUGGCAGUAAUGGCAUCAUCUGGGAGCUUGUUAGAAAUGCAGAAACUCAGGUCCCAUUUCAGAUUUACCAACUCAGAAUCUGCAUUUUAACAAGACUCCUAAGUGAUUCAUAUGCAUAGUCAGUUGAUGUCUGAACCAGUGACCUGCAGAGCCAGUGAUCUGCAAAGCAAGUGAACAUUAGCUUUAUUUUAAAUUUCAAGAAGUCUUAGUUUGCCUAGAGUACAUAUCAUUUGAUGUUCACAGUGUCACUUUAUUUGCCUAAUAACUAGCUGACUCUAGAUCCUUAGCAGCAUUAGAUUUAGUAUUUGAGGUUUUGACCCUACGUACCUUUGAUAUGUAGUGAUUUGUAACUUAUGAAUUAAAUUUGAAUCCCUUAACAUGUUGCUAAUUAUAAAACUCGAGUGUCUCUAGCAGACUAUUAAGAAAUUGAGCAGGUUUCGUUCUCCACUCAUUGUUAACACAUGCGGUAACUCACCAGGCACUUAAAACAAGUGGGCUGUGGUGCAGGGUACUUCUUGUUUAGUGACAGAAAUGAAAAGAUCUAAGAAUAUGAUGGUUUUAAACAAAUAUGAUAAGAGAUGGAGAGAGUUUUAAGUAAUAGAACUAUUCUAAGUUUUGGAUGUGUGGUUUAGUGUCUCUAGCUAUAUUUCUGUUUAAUGUCAAGUGCAUAAUAUAUUCGAACCAUUUUAUUUAUUAAAUUUAAUAAACAUUGAUUGUCCUGUUAGUCAAAGUUUCAGAAAAAUGCAAAAAGUCUUGUUCUCAAAGGAAUGCCCCCUGGACCAUGCACAUCAAAGUCGUGGCUUUGUGGGGGUGGCUGCUUGUGGGGGUAGAAAAUAUUAAAAAUGCAGAAACUGGUUCCUACUACCGAAUCCCAAUGUACAUUUUAAAAUAAGCAGCUUCCUGGCCAGGCACGGUGGCUUUCACCUGUAAUCCCAGUAUUUUGGGAGGCCGAGGCAGGAGGAUCACUUGAACUCAGGAGUUCAAGCCUGGGCAACAUAGUGGGACCCCCAUCUCUGCAAAAAAUGGAAAAAAAGAAAAAGCAUCUCCCAAGGAAUUCUGUCAGCAGGAAAGUUGUGUUUUUCCCCCUCAAAUCUGGAAACCAUAAUUGUUCCCUUUUUGACCUUUUACUGGAAUACAGCAUACACUGAGAAAAGUAAUAACACUCAAAUAAAAAAAUAGAACAUUACUUCUAUUCCAGAACCUCCUCUAGUGACUCCUUCUAGAAAAUAGUCUAGCACCUCACCCCUCCAAACACAAAUGUAACCACCAUAGUGACUUUUAACACCAUAGAUUAGUUUUGCCUUUUUUGAACUCUUUAAAGUGGAAUAAUACAGUUUAUACUGUCUGUUUUGUGGUGUUUUUGCUUAGCAUUAUGUCUGUAAAAUUUGUCUGUAUUGUUAGCUGCAGUUUGUCAUUCUCAUUCUCAUUGCUGUGUGGUUCUCUGUUGUUUAAAAGUACCAGUGGUAAAAUUAUCAUUUACAUGGUUUACCUCUGAUGGACCUUAGAGGUAUGGUGGUACCACUGAUAGGCACCAAAAUCAAGUUUGAUAACCACUGUUGUAUAUUAUUUGGGAAAAUGUGUACUCUUGACAUGUUUCGCAAAUUUUUAUUUCUCCAAUCUGAAAUUUAGAAAAUUAUAAUUUUAAAAUUAUCAAUAAAAAUUUACAAAGUUUUUACAAAUAUAAAACCACUGUUGUAUAUUAUUUGGGAAAAUGUGUACUCUUGACAUGUUUCGCAAAUUUUUAUUUCUCCAAUCUGAAAUUUAGAAAAUUAUACUUUUAAAAUUAUCAAUAAAAAUUUACAAAAUUUUACAAAAUUUACAAAAUAUUUUACAAAGUCAAAUAUUAUCUAAUAGCUCAACUAGCUGAUGCUAGAGUAAUACAGCCAUGUAAUACAGCAUUACCAACUUUUCUAAGUGGUCUAUAGCACUGAGGAAUUAAAUAGCAAAUAAGGGAAGCAUUUCUUUAUGAAAUCAUUUCUUUUAAUAAAUUAAAAAGAAACGAGAGUAUUAGAAUACCACCAUUUUGCCACCUUCAGUGUAUUAAUGGAUGGAGGCAGUGAAUAUCAACAGCUGCUAAAAUCAUAAGAAGGAAACCAGAUGCUAGAUGACACAUAGUGAAGUAACACAUUAUUAGACAAAGGAACAAACCAAGUUCAAUAAAGCCUCUGGAUCCAGCUUCCAAUUUGCCACAAAUAAAGAGACCAGAUGAAUAUGCUGAAUUGCGUUAUGUGUAAAUAAUCAGUCAAAUCUACACUACUAAAAGCCAGAUCAAACAUAAAUUUUAAGAAAAAGAAAAGAAUGGAAAAUAAACCUGUAGAUUAAAAGAGACUGAAUAGAAGUAGCAACUCUUCUUAAAAAUGGUCAGGAUUAAAUAAUAGUUAUCUAGGGAGGCUUACUUAGCUGAUAAAAUGAUAAAUACAGGAUGUAAUUAAGAAUAAUUUAAAAGAAGUGAGUUACUUAGAGGAAGGGAACGACUUCCUCUAAGUUCAGUCAAGGCUACGACUGAAUCAGAGCACUUGGAGGAGCUUCUGGGCUCGCUGGCAAAUUGCUGUGUGGUGGUCACAAGAAUGUAUUCUCUUAAUAUGCUAAGGUAUAAAGUUUUUGUAUAGUUUUCUGUAUCUGUAUUUUAUUUUACUCUAAAGGAAGUAGUUUUUUAAAAAAGAUUAUAGAUCUGCUAAUCUAAUAUAAACUCCCCUAGAGCUUCAUCAGUAAUAGUCUAGUGUCAUCUGGAUUAUCUUCAGCAAUCAUUUCCAUUCUAAAUUGUCAUAGUAAGUGUCAUCUCAAAGCAGAAAGAGACAGAGAGUUUGACAAAGUGUCUUAAAAUGCCUGAUGUCUGUCUUAAUGAUUCUAAUAGAAACUCUUCAGUACAAUACUCAGACUUACUGCACUUACAACUACAUAAUGGCUUAUAAAUUUGGGAAACUCAACAGAUUUGGGAAUACAACACAUAUCUUGAAGCCAGUUAAUUUACUUUUUACAUGCCUCUUCACUAUUCCACUACCAGUGUGCAACUGGUAAUUCAGUUGAAUUCAUAAAGAAUUCACUGAGCUUUUCUGAAUUUCUUCUGAUUUCAAGAGGCUAGAAGAAUUCAGAUUAUAAAGCAUCAGGUUAUCACUUUUACUAUAUAGGCACACCGUGGUUUAUUGCACUUUGCUUAUGAUUUUUUUUUUUUAAGCAAAUUGAAGGGUUGGAGCAAUCCUGUGUUGAGCAAGUCUCUUGGUGCCAUUUUCCAGCAGCUCACUGUGUGUCUCUGUGUCCCAUUUUGGUAAUUCUGGCAAUAUUUCAAUCUUUUUCAUUAUUAUUAUACCUGUUAUGGUUAUCUAUGAUCAGCGAUCUCUUUUAUGUUACUAUCAUAAUUGUUUGGGGAUGCCAUGAACCACACCCAUAGAAGAAUAAAAGAUGGCAAACUGAAUAAAUGUUGUAUGUAUUCUGACCACUCCACCAACCAGCUGUUCCCAUCUCUCUUUCCUCAGGCCUUCUUGUUCCCUGAGACACAACAUUGAAAUUAUGCCAAUUAAUAACCCUACAGUGGCUUCUAAGUGUUCAAGUGAAAAGAAGAGUUGCAUGUCUCUCAUUUUAAAUCAAAAGCUAGAAAUGAUUAGUGAAGAAGGCAUGGUGAAAGCAGAAACAGGGCAAAAGCUAGGCCUUUUGUGCCAAACAUCCAAGUUAAUGUGAAAACCUUUGCAUCUUCUGAUAGUCUAGCCAAGGUCCAAGAAGUAGCAAGCUGGCUUUUGGAAAUGAAUCAGGAACUGCUCUCUGUGGGCAGCAAAAGACGACGAACUGGAGGCUCUCUGAGAGGUAACCCUUCCUCAAGCCAGGUAGAUGAAGAACAGAUGAAUCGUGUGGUAGAGGAGGAACAGCAACAGCAACUCAGACAACAAGAGGAGGAGCACACUGCAAGGAAUGGUGAAGUUGUUGGAGUAGAACCUAGACCUGGAGGCCAAAGUGAUUCCCAGCAAGGACAAUUGGAAGAAAACAAUAAUAGAUUUAUUUCGGUAGAUGAGGACUCCUCAGGAAACCAAGAAGAACAAGAGGAAGAUGAAGAACAUGCUGGUGAACAAGAUGAGGAGGAUGAGGAGGAGGAGGAGAUGGACCAGGAGAGUGACGAUUUUGAUCAGUCUGAUGAUAGUAGCAGAGAAGAUGAACAUACACAUACUAACAGUGUCACAAACUCCAGUAGUAUUGUGGACCUGCCCGUUCACCAACUCUCCUCCCCAUUCUAUACAAAAACAACAAAAAUGAAAAGAAAGUUGGACCAUGGUUCUGAGGUCCGCUCUUUUUCUUUGGGAAAGAAACCAUGCAAAGUCUCAGAAUAUACAAGUACCACUGGGCUUGUACCAUGUUCAGCAACACCAACAACUUUUGGGGACCUCAGAGCAGCCAAUGGCCAAGGGCAACAACGACGCCGAAUUACAUCUGUCCAGCCACCUACAGGCCUCCAGGAAUGGCUAAAAAUGUUUCAGAGCUGGAGUGGACCAGAGAAAUUGCUUGCUUUAGAUGAACUCAUUGAUAGUUGUGAACCAACACAAGUAAAACAUAUGAUGCAAGUGAUAGAACCCCAGUUUCAACGAGACUUCAUUUCAUUGCUCCCUAAAGAGUUGGCACUCUAUGUGCUUUCAUUCCUGGAACCCAAAGACCUGCUACAAGCGGCUCAGACAUGCCGCUACUGGAGAAUUUUGGCUGAAGACAACCUUCUCUGGAGAGAGAAAUGCAAAGAAGAGGGGAUUGAUGAACCAUUGCACAUCAAGAGAAGAAAAGUAAUAAAACCAGGUUUCAUACACAGUCCAUGGAAAAGUGCAUACAUCAGACAGCACAGAAUUGAUACUAACUGGAGGCGAGGAGAACUCAAAUCUCCUAAGGUGCUGAAAGGACAUGAUGAUCAUGUGAUCACAUGCUUACAGUUUUGUGGUAACCGAAUAGUUAGUGGUUCUGAUGACAACACUUUAAAAGUUUGGUCAGCAGUCACGGGCAAAUGUCUGAGAACAUUAGUGGGACAUACAGGUGGAGUAUGGUCAUCACAAAUGAGAGACAACAUCAUCAUUAGUGGAUCUACAGAUCGGACUCUCAAAGUGUGGAAUGCAGAGACUGGAGAAUGUAUACACACCUUAUAUGGGCAUACUUCCACUGUGCGUUGUAUGCAUCUUCAUGAAAAAAGAGUUGUUAGCGGUUCUCGAGAUGCCACUCUUAGGGUUUGGGAUAUUGAGACAGGCCAGUGUUUACAUGUUUUGAUGGGUCAUGUUGCAGCAGUCCGCUGUGUUCAAUAUGAUGGCAGGAGGGUUGUUAGUGGAGCAUAUGAUUUUAUGGUAAAGGUGUGGGAUCCAGAGACUGAAACCUGUCUACACACGUUGCAGGGGCAUACUAAUAGAGUCUAUUCAUUACAGUUUGAUGGUAUCCAUGUGGUGAGUGGAUCUCUUGAUACGUCAAUCCGUGUUUGGGAUGUGGAGACAGGGAAUUGCAUUCACACGUUAACAGGGCACCAGUCGUUAACAAGUGGAAUGGAACUCAAAGACAAUAUUCUUGUCUCUGGGAAUGCAGAUUCUACAGUUAAAAUCUGGGAUAUCAAAACAGGACAGUGUUUACAAACAUUGCAAGGUCCCAACAAGCAUCAGAGUGCUGUGACCUGUUUACAGUUCAACAAGAACUUUGUAAUUACCAGCUCAGAUGAUGGAACUGUAAAACUAUGGGACUUGAAAACGGGUGAAUUUAUUCGAAACCUAGUCACAUUGGAGAGUGGGGGGAGUGGGGGAGUUGUGUGGCGGAUCAGAGCCUCAAACACAAAGCUGGUGUGUGCAGUUGGGAGUCGGAAUGGGACUGAAGAAACCAAGCUGCUGGUGCUGGACUUUGAUGUGGACAUGAAGUGAAGAGCAGAAAAGAUGAAUUUGUCCAAUUGUGUAGACGAUAUACUCCCUGCCCUUCCCCCUGCAAAAAGAAAAAAAGAAAAGAAAAAGAAAAAAAAUCCCUUGUUCUCAGUGGUGCAGGAUGUUGGCUUGGGGCAACAGACUGAAAAGACCUACAGACUAAGAAGGAAAAGAAGAAGAGAUGACAAACCAUAACUGACAAGAGAGGCGUCUGCUGUCUCAUCACAUAAAAGGCUUCACUUUUGACUGAGGGCAGCUUUGCAAAAUGAGACUUUCUAAAUCAAACCAGGUGCAAUUAUUUCUUUAUUUUCUUCUCCAGUGGUCAUUGGGCAGUGUUAAUGCUGAAACAUCAUUACAGAUUCUGCUAGCCUGUUCUUUUACCACUGACAACUAGACACCUAGAAAGGAACUGCAAUAACAUCAAAACAAGUACUGGUUGACUUUCUAAUUAGAGAGCAUCUGCAACAAAAAGUCAUUUUUCUGGAGUGGAAAAGCUUAAAAAAAUUACUGUGAAUUGUUUUUGUACAGUUAUCAUGAAAAGCUUUUUUUUUUUUUUUUUUUUUUUUUUUUUUGCCAACCAUUGCCAAUGUCAAUCAAUCACAGUAUUAGCCUCUGUUAAUCUAUUUACUGUUGCUUCCAUAUACAUUCUUCAAUGCAUAUGUUGCUCAAAGGUGGCAAGUUGUCCUGGGUUCUGUGAGUCCUGAGAUGGAUUUAAUUCUUGAUGCUGGUGCUAGAAGUAGGUCUUCAAAUAUGGGAUUGUUGUCCCACCCCUGUACUGUACUCCCAGUGGCCAAACUUAUUUAUGCUGCUAAAUGAAAGAAAGAAAAAAAGCAAAUUAUUUUUUUUUAUUUUUUUUCUGCUGUGACGUUUUAGUCCCAGACUGAAUUCCAAAUUUGCUCUAGUUUGGUUAUGGAGAAAAGACUUUUUGCCACUGAAACUUGAGCCAUCUGUGCCUCUAAGAGGCUGAGAAUGGAAGAGUUUCAGAUAAUAAAGAGUGAAGUUUGCCUGCAAGUAAAGAAUUGAGAGUGUGUGCAAAGCUUAUUUUCUUUUAUCUGGGCAAAAAUUAAAACACAUUCCUUGGAACAGAGCUAUUACUUGCCUGUUCUGUGGAGAAACUUUUCUUUUUGAGGGCUGUGGUGAAUGGACGAACGUACAUCGUAAAACUGACAAAUUAUUUUAAAAAUAUAUAAAACACAAAAUUAAAAUAAAGUUGCUGGUCAGUCUUAGUGUUUUACAGUAUUUGGGAAAACAACUGUUACAGUUUUAUUGCUCUGAGUAACUGACAAAGCAGAAACUAUUCAGUUUUUGUAGUAAAGGCGUCACAUGCAAACAAACAAAAUGAAUGAAAAAGUCAAAUGGUUUGCCUCAUUCUCCAAGAGCCACAACUCAAGCUGAACUGUGAAAGUGGUUUAACACUGUAUCCUAGGUGAUCUUUUUUUCCUCCUUCCGUUUAUUUUUUUGUUUGUUUUAUUUAUAGUCUGAUUUAAAACAAUCAGAUUCAAGUUGGUUAAUUUUAGUUAUGUAACAACCUGACAUGAUGGAGGAAAACAACCUUUAAAGGGAUUGUGUCUAUGGUUUGAUUCACUUAGAAAUUUUAUUUUCUUAUAACUUAAGUGCAAUAAAAUGUGUUUUUUCAUGUUA